AUGCUGCACCCCCACCCUCCCUUCCCCUCCCCAGCAACAAGCGGUAGUUACCCGUCCUCGUCGUCGCCACUGCAGGCGCCACGCCUUCCUCCGUCCUCGUCGCCGAGAAUCAACUCGCCGCUCACGCUCCCCGCUGUCGCAACCGCCAUGGAGGCUGGGAAGGUGAUCACGGACCUCGCGACUGCCGUCACUGUGUCCACGUUGGCUGUGGGCGACGCGGCGCCACCAGACCUCGAGGUUGGCAAUCUCGAAGGUGGCGAGCCCGAGGUGGCCGACGCUCAGGCCGUCGAGGACGUCGCCCACAGAACACCUCCGCCGCCGACUUCUCCUUCCGACUCCCCUUCCUCCGCUCCUCUUCCUCUCCCAGAGGACGAUAACACGUCCGGCCAGAGCAAGAGGCUAUCGUUUGGAAGUGGCGUGAUGGCUUCCCCCGCUAGCUCUCGCCACUCUGCGGCCCACACUGACAAAGCCCUGAUGCCCAUGGUGUCCGAGGGGGCGGCUUCACCUCCCCCAGCUGUGCCCUCCCCCGCCGAGGAGGUGGCCGCAACCUCUCCUCCUGGUUGCCAGGAAUCUCUCCUCGCCUCCGAGGAAGCUACCAUCGCCGAGCUGGACAAGGCAGAGGCGCAAGCAGCCCAGAUGGCCGCGGAUGCGCCUUCCUGCGACGAGAAUGAAGGAGACACUGCCGAGGCGCUCGCUGUGACUGAAUCUACAGUCAGCGAAGGGCCCCAACCCGCUAGUGAUGCCGAUGAAGACGGCCUGAUGACAAAGGUGGCCGACAAUGAAUCAAAACAGAUGCAAGUCGACUUGAACGACCUGGAUUACCCCUUCAAUGCCUCUUCAAAGUCCAUGGAGUUCGUACAUCCGUCCCCUCAGCCCUCGUUCACCGAGGCCGAGCACAUCCAAACGAAGACUAUCAACCCGGCCGUCCUCCGCCCGGCUCUACCGCCGUCGACGAACCCCAGCUCGUCCUCGUCGAGGCAGACAGAGUCAGAGCCCGAGGGUGAAAAUGACACCGACCAAACCCCACGCGUUGGUAAGGGCCCAGCCUCUUCCAACCCCGUCGAGGAAGACAGCGACGCCGACGGAGAGUUCGAGGAGGAUGAUCAGUUUGCCCGCGGGCUCGAGGAGAACGAGGUACACCUCAAGGAGACGGCCGACGCGAAGGCGAUCAGCGCGGUGCUCGACUUGGACGAGGCGAUUGACGAGGCCGUGGCUUUGGAGCUGGACGAGAUCGAGAAUCAGAAGGUAAUCAAGGAGUUGGAGGACGAGCCCAUGGUCGUGUCGGACAGCGACGAGCCAUCAAUCCCAUACGUUCCUGCCCGAGGCCGCCAUCAUCGCCAACGUGUAGGCGCCUUACGCGGGUCGAGUCCCGAUGACAUCGUCUACGUGGGGAAGGCCGCUGGGCCCAGCACGCCACACCUCCCCUUCGGCGUCUUGUCAGGCAAAAGAUUACCAGCAGCAGCCUCUCCAGCAGCACCCACAAAGCCACCUCCUUACAAGCCCCUCAUCAGAGCCAAGAACAAGUUCACCCCUCCAAGCCGGCGAAGCGACAGGGUCCUCGCCAGAAGCCCAGCGAGCAACAGCAGCCUUCCAGCUAGCCCUGCGAUGACGACGAACUCUGGCCCCAUAAAGAUCACGGUGCCAAAGGUGUCAAAGCAGUCCGCCAUCCCAUCGUCGCGCGCCACGAGCGCCACGUCCUCGAAGAAGCGUGCCCUGGAAUCGGACGACGAAGAAGACAUCAUGACACGCGUGUACAAGCGCAUCAACGAUGGGUCGAGGUCGCCAUCCACGCCCAAGCGCCGGUCCACCUCUGGCUUCCAGCCCAAGGUGAAGCGGGGACGCCAGAGCACAGAGCGCUCGGGUUCGCCAGACCCGCGCUUCCAGAAGCCGGCCAAGAUGCUCGCCAAGAGUGACGGUAAGCGGCGGGGCACGGGCACGUGGCCCAAGUUACCCAAGGAGGCGGCGGCGUCGCUCAUGAUGGGAGACCUCGCCCUCGACAAAGGAUGGAUCUGCCCCGACUGCUGCGAGCUCGUUACAAACAACAACAUCGACAUGAUGCUCCCAGCGCCAAGGAGCCGCUGUAUCCGAGGUGACUGCUGGCGCAGGUUGGUAACGCCUGUCCGGACGCUGGCGGACAAGCCGGCCGCGAGCAGGGAGGUGGGCGCGGUGGGCACGGCUAACGGCAGGCGGCAUCGCAAGAUGCAGGACGUGAACCCGGACACGGAUACGUGGUACUGCGAGCGCGUGAUUGGACGCCGCGCAGUCGGGCGGUACGAGGGCUCGAGUACCCGCGCGUUCGAGUACCUCGUCAAGUGGCAGGACUGGGCCGUGGCCGACUCGACGUGGGAGCCGAAGGAGAACCUCGCGCACAUCAACGGCCGCUGCCCCAUGAUCGAGACGUUCGAGAAGAAGGCCAAGGAGGAGAAGGAGCCGCUCAAGCAGAAGACAGCGCUGCUGGCCGAGGCGUUCGGGUGGUUUGACCGCAAGACGGGCAAGUGUCUCGUCGAGCCGAGCGGCAAGCCGCAGCCGAAGAAGAAGGCGACGAAGUGA